GACCUGGUUACUGUGUUCCAGCCUGGUUACUAAGUUGUAUACAAAAUGGCGGACGAUGAAAGCAUGAACGGUGAAAUGUAUUUUAACAUUUUGAACACUGCAUUUAUCCAAGAUCCCGCCAUAGACGAAGUAGAUUUUAUAUUUUGCCCAAAAUGCAAGGAAGAACAAUCAAAGGAUGCCAUGGUAGUUAUUGGGCACAAGCUUGGGAUUCGAAGCUGGUGUAUCAGGCCCAUGUACAUGUAUGCCUACCAUAGACUUCUGAGGAAGCACAGACACUGUAGGGUCAAGAAUCAAAGCACAGAGAAUUUAACAGCUACUGAGUUGGACCAACUGUCAAGAGCAGUGGUAUUACUAAGUGCAGAGUGUUACUCAGCAUGGAAUAUCAGAAAAGAACUUGUAAGCAGUGGAUUGCUAAGUGUUGAUUGUGACCUACACAUAUCUACACUAGUUCUUACUAAGCACCCAAGAAGUGCGGAAGCGUUUGCACAUAGGAAAUGGUUGAUAAACUACUUCACUAAACAGAAAGGAAAAUCAACGUUUUGCCAGGAGUGGCUCAGGGAGGAAAUUAUUGUAAGCCAGCAGGCUGCAGAAAGAUAUCCAGAUAACUACGUGGCGUGGAGUCAUCGAGGCUGGGUGGCUGAUAGAUUCAUUGAUUCUAAAAAGAAAUUACUAUGUGAGUUGCAAGGCAUGGAGCAGUGGGUACAAAUGCAUAUUUCCGACCACUGUGGCUUCCACUACAGACAAGCUCUUAUCACCAAGCUCAAACAGCUUGUGUCUGUUUGUGAAUUAGCAUUUCUUUUCCUGGCCGAGCUGGAGUUGGUCAAUUCAUUGCUGGAAUCCCUUCCUGGACAUGAAUCAGUCUGGUACCACAGGCGAUUCUUGUUCCAGCAUUGGAGACUGUGGUUCAGCACAAUGCCCACUGACCAGUUGCAACAUUUAGCACUCAGCCUCUACGAAAACGGCAAAGUCGAGCCUUUACCCGCUAACCUUAUGUCAUGUUGGGUUCCCUGUGUCAAGAGCCUGCGGAUAAUGUGCAGGUCAGCGAUGUUGAAGAAAAGAAUAGAAAGCGUGCUACUCCGUGACGUCGCGAUUUCUGAUUGGCUGCCAUCGCUGACAACAGAAAGGGCGUAUUGCGAAAAGAUUUUACGCGGGAAACCAGGGCGCCAAGAUGAGACGCAGCAAAGACUAGCAGUUAAUUACUUAAAAUGGUUGGAAACACUGAGUGCUCAGAGCAGCACAUUUGGCAACGAGCCCGCGAUAAUGAGUACGACGUGAUGGUACCAUGGCAUCUUUAAAAGGCCUGUUUGCUGUCUAUGCCGUUUCAAUGCCGAAGUUAUGAUUGGUCGCGCCAUAUAGUGAUCCAAUACUUAGCUCUUAUUUUGAACUCACCACAAGUUCUGACAAAAUUGUUUUCUUUUGCGAAUGAAACAGAAAGAAGUAAAACCUUGUUAUUUCAUAGCCAAAUUCGUUGUUGCGCGACCUGCCAGAAUCC